AUGUCCAGCAGAGUUGGCAGAGUGAAUGUUGCUCCCAAAGAUGCUCUCAGGAGAAAACAGAGUCAAAAUUUACCUCCUAUACUGAGUAAUCUAAGGAUUGUUCUGCUGGGAAAGAAUGAGUCAGAAAACAGUCGAGUGGGAAACUUUAUAUUAGGACGAGCAGCGUUUUACAGUGAAGCUCCUCCAGAUGUUGUAGAGAGAGUUGGAGGAAGACUGAAGGACAGACAUGUGACCAUCAUCAACAGUCCUCAGCUGCUCCAGACAAACAUCUCAGAUCAUCAGAUCACACAGACAGUGAGAGAGUGUGUGUAUCUGUCUGAUCCAGGACCUCAUGUGAUCGUGCUGCUCCUCAAACAUGAGCAGUGUUCAACAGAAGAUCAAGAGUGCGUGGAGAAGGUGCUGCACUCUUUCUCUGAGCAGGUUUUUCAACACACCAUGGUGAUCACCACACAAAAGUCCACGGAAACCAAUCAUAUCCUACAGAAAAUCAUUCAGAAAUGCUUCAACAGACUCUUCAGUCUUCAGAGAAGCAGCUCUUUUGAUGAUCUUCUGCAGAUGUUUGAGGACAUUGUACGAAUGAAUGAUGGACAUCACCUGGUUUGUGCCGAAUAUGAAGCUUCACAGUAUUUGACAACAAAGCAACAGGCCAUAGAAAGACUUUCAGAGGGUGUGAAGCUGAAUCUGGUUGUGUGUGGAAGUGACGGCACAUUAAAAUCCUCCAUAUCAGAGCGGAUCUUGCAGCAGACAGACAGAAGAUCAGAUGUGGAGCUUCAUGGUCGUCCGAUCAGUCUGGUGGAGCUUCCAGCUCUGUUCAACAUUCGGCUCUCAGAGGAGGAAGUGAUGCGUCAGACUCUUCACUGUGUGUCUCUCUGUCAUCCUGGAGUUAAUGUUUUCCUCCUCAUUAUUCCUGAUGCUCCACUGACUGAUGAAGACAAAGCAGAAAUGGAGGAGAUCCAGAGGAUUUUCAGCUCAAGAAUCAACAAACACAUCAUGAUUCUCAUAAUGCAGGAUUCAGAGCAUCAGACAGCAGAACUCAAUGAAGAAACAAAGUCUGUCAUUGAGAGUUUUGGAGGACGACAUCAUUUCUUUGGUCCCACCACACAGGUGUCUACAUUGAUGGAGAACAUUGAGCAGAUGCUGGAAGAAAACAGAGGACAGUUUUUCUCUACAGAGACAUUUUUGGAGGCUCAGAUGAAAAAACUGCUGCAAUUUGAAAAGAUUAAGAAGAAAAUUAAUUCACUAGAGACACAUUUUCUGUCACAAGGUUCAACAGAGAGACAAGAUGAUCUGAGGAUUGUGCUGCUGGGAAAAACUGGAGUUGGGAAGAGUGCUACAGGAAACACCAUCUUAGGAAGAAACACAUUUAAAGCAGAAGAAUCAACGGCCGAAAUUACUGUGAUCGACACUCCAGGACUGUUUGAUACUGAACUUACUAAUGAGGAGAUCCAGAAAGAAAUCACCAACUGUAUCUCCAUGGUACUGCCUGGACCACAUGUGUUUCUCUUACUGAUACCACUGGGACGAUUCACUCCAGAAGAAGCAAAAUCAGUGAAGAUCAUCCAAGAGAUGUUUGGUGAAAAUUCUUUAAUGUACACCAUGGUGCUCUUCACCAGAGGAGAUGGUCUGAAGAACAAAACCAUUGAACAGUGUUUGGGAAAACCUGGAUCUCCUUUGAUGAAUCUAAUUGAAGCAUGUGGAAAAAGAUACCAUGUGUUCAAUAAUAAUAAGACUGAAGACCGAACACAGGUGUCUGAUCUGCUGGAGAUGAUAGACGCCAUGGUGAAAGCAAACGGUGAGAGUUUCUACUCAUGUAAGAUGUUCAGACAGAUGGAAAGAGAAAAACAAGAACAACAAAUGAAGUUCUUGAUGAAGAGAGUGGAGCAACUGAACAGAGAAAGAGAAGAACUGACAAAGAAACAUGAAGAAGAGAAAGAAAGAAUGCAGAUGAUGAUGGAGGAACAAAGACAAAAUUAUGACAAAGAGAUAAAGAGGAGAGAAGAAGAAUUUAGAGAGCGAGAAAUACAAUAUAAAAUGGAAAUGAGAAGAGAACGAGAGGAAUGGGAGAAACAGAAAAAUCAAGAUGAAAGGAUCAGAAGAGCUGAAGAGGAUGAGACAAGAAGAGAGAAGAAACAGAGAGUGUGGGAUGAAUUUAAUCAAAGAUAUAAACAAGAGAAAGAAAGAAUGAAACGAAAGAAAGAUGAUCUUCAAUCUAAACAUGAAGCAGAAGAAAAUAUGAAGCUCCUAAUGGAGAUAGUGGAGCAAAUGAACAGAGAAAAAGAAGAUCUGAUGACCAAACUAAAAGAAGAGAAAGAGAGAAUGAAGACGAUGAUGGAGGAAGAAAGACAAAAUCAUGACAAAGAAAGAAAGAGAAGAGAAGAGAAACUCAAAAGAGAAAUAACAGAACAAGAGGCACAUCAGAGAGAAAUAAGAGAUGAUAUGAGACGAGAACGAGAGAUGUUUGAACAUGAAAUUGAGAAAAUGAUGCAAGAGAAAGAGAAGGUAAAUACAGACAGAGAAAAACUUGUACUCCAAUAUGACACAGAAAUAGACAAGAUAAACCAACUGAACAGAGAAAGAGAAGAACUGACAAAGAAACAUGAAGAAGAGAAAGAAAGAAUGCAGAUGAUGAUGGAGGAACAAAGACAAAAUUAUGACAAAGAGAUAAAGAGGAGAGAAGAAGAAUUUAGAGAGCGAGAAAUACAAUAUAAAAUGGAAAUGAGAAGAGAACGAGAGGAAUGGGAGAAACAGAAAAAUCAAGAUGAAAGGAUCAGAAGAGCUGAAGAGGAUGAGACAAGAAGAGAGAAGAAACAGAGAGUGUGGGAUGAAUUUAAUCAAAGAUAUAAACAAGAGAAAGAAAGAAUGAAACGAAAGAAAGAUGAUCUUCAAUCUAAACAUGAAGCAGAAGAAAAUAUGAAGCUCCUAAUGGAGAUAGUGGAGCAAAUGAACAGAGAAAAAGAAGAUCUGAUGACCAAACUAAAAGAAGAGAAAGAGAGAAUGAAGACGAUGAUGGAGGAAGAAAGACAAAAUCAUGACAAAGAAAGAAAGAGAAGAGAAGAGAAACUCAAAAGAGAAAUAACAGAACAAGAGGCACAUCAGAGAGAAAUAAGAGAUGAUAUGAGACGAGAACGAGAGAUGUUUGAACAUGAAAUUGAGAAAAUGAUGCAAGAGAAAGAGAAGGUAAAUACAGACAGAGAAAAACUUGUACUCCAAUAUGACACAGAAAUAGACAAACUGAGGAAUAGACUAGAGACUGACAGACAGAAUCAUGAAGAAGAGAGAAAGAGAAGUGAAGAAGAGUUUAAUGAGAGGGAAGAACAAUACAAAACACAAAUACAAGAAAAGGAGAAGAAAGAGAGAGAGAUCCAUGAAAACAUGAAGAAAGAACAAGAGAGACUAAGAAAAGAGAGAGAGAGAAUGGAAACAGAGAAAGUAGAUCUCCAUUCUAAACAUGAAACACAAGAAAACAACAUGAAGAUCCUGAUAGAGAGAGUGGAGCAAAUGAACAGAGAAAAAGAAGAAAUGAUGAGAAAACUAGAAGAGAAAGAGACCAUGAAGAUGAUGAUAGAGGAAGCAAAACAGAAUCAAGACAAAGAGAGAAAGAGAAGAGAAGAUGAAGAUAAGAAGAGGUGGGAGAGAGAGAAACAGAUCUCUGAGGAACAGUAUCAGAGACUCAAGAGUGAAAUGGAGGAAGAGAUCAGAGAGAAAAUAAGAAUAGAACGAGAGAGACGAGAACAACUAGAGGAAUUUGAGAAGAGACUGAAAGAAGAAAGAAACAUGAGAGAAGAUCAACAAAAGACGUUUGAAGAAAAAUUGCAACUACUUGAAGAACAGCAUGAAGAGAAACUUAAGAGAAGACAGUUGGAGAUGAAAGAGGAAUGGGAACAAGAGAAAAAGGAGAAGAUCUGCACUGAAACCAAUGAUUCACUACAGAGAAAACACAGACACAGCAGGAGUCAAGAAAAAAUAGAGCAACUAUUUCACAGACUUCAUCUCGACAAGAACAAAAAUAAACUGAAAACUGCAGAAGUUCUUCAGUUAACUGCUCAUUUAUUAAAGUCCCAUAAGUCUUGUGCUGAGGAGAAGCUGGUUUGGAGUUUCAUACAAAAACUACUGAUGAUGAACAACAGAGCAAAAUACACAAAUGUUAAAGAUACCAAUGAACAGCAUGACACACAACAAAGAGACAGUGAAUCAUCUGAAGACAACAGUGAUGUUUUGAAAGAAAUGUCCACGUCUAAUGAAGAAACAGGCCAAUCUGAGCGAAGCCACCCGAUGGAUGUUCAGAUGGCCGUGUUUCAUUGUGCUGAUGGCUUUCUGAAACAGCUGAUGGUCACUAAACUGUCCCAGUGUCAGUACGCUCUGCCUCUGCUUGUUCCUGAUCCAUUCACUCAACAGAUUGAGUUUCCUUUCUGGACAUUCAGGCAAAUCAACAAGAGCUGGAAGAUGAACAACACCAACAAUGAAAUCAUCAAUCAUACCGAGCCGAUCUACAAGGCAGAAACUCCAAUGGUGUUUUUCUUCAGGUUUGGCUCUGUGUCUUCAUCCAAGUCUCAGUUGAUGAACAGUCUGAUCAAUGAGAAACACAACACGUUCUUCCACAGGAACUGCCCAGGCAGCAGCAGAACCAGAGUCCUGAUGGAUGGAGUGGUGGAGAUCGCCUGGUUCUGCCCAUCUGGAACAAAUGAUGAUAAAUUCACUGACUGUGUAGCGUUCUGUAAUCUACACGGUGAUGCAGGAGACCAUGAAAAACAGCUGCAGAUCCUCACUGAAAUGGCCUCAGUCAAUGUUGUUCUUCUACCACAACUUGACAGGAACGAAAGCAUUAAAAUGAUUCAAAACCUGUACACAAACAAAAAGCCACUCAUUUGUCUUCUUACUGAGGAUGAAUCUACUGUAACAGAGAUGAAUAAUACAAAAUUAAAAAUCGGUCUGAAGGAAAGAAGUCAUUCAGAUGCAUCUGAAGAACUCAGAAGAGCUAUAAAUGAUUGUCUCCCAGAAACAUCUUUCACUUUCAGACUUGAAGAUGUGUCCAAACACUCAGAUAUCAGAGUAGAUGAGGAAGAUGAUGAUGACAGCAGGAGAGGAAGAGAAGCAGCACAGCAGAUGAUGAGUUUACUGGAGAAGAAAGAUCUGAGAGAAAUCAAAGAAUAAUUUCUGCCUCAUCAGGGGAAACUGUGGCAUCAGUGGUGUCAGAAGAACAAAGAACUACAUCGACCUCGAGCAGAUGAGACAGAGAUGGACAUAAGCAGAAAACAAGCCAACCUCAAGAGACUGCGUGAGCAGCAGCAUGCAUUUAACAUAUGUACUUUUAUACAGUUCUUUAUUAAAGAAAUUCACUUGCUUGCUGAGAAUAAGAUCUAUUUUCUAAAAUGGCUUGAAAUCUUCCUGGAUGAAUAUAUUUCAAUGGAUAUUUCUGUUCUUCAUCAGAAGUAUGAUGAAAAGUGGUCAGCAGUUGUAAAACUGAAAGAGAAUAAUUAUAAACCUGAACAAAUCAAAACUGAACAAGAAGAAUUUGAGAGAAUAUAUGAGGAAAUUCAAACUGUGGGCUUUGGUUUGGAGCACAUCAUGAGGGAGAUCAGUCAGAUCUAUGAAUCAUGUUAAUCUGUGAAGAAGAACAAGAAAGACCUGCAGGUUCACUUCUCUUCUCUCCCGAGUCUUGCAGCAGAGAUGAUGAUCUCUGGAUUUCCACUGGAGUUGAUGGAUGGAGAUGCUGCUCAUGUUCCUGUGAUCUGGAUCUCUGCUGUUCUAGAUCAACUCAUCCAGAAGCUGGAAGACCAGAGAGUCUUUGUGCUGUCAGUUUUAGGGACUCAGAGCUCUGGGAAAUCCACAAUGCUGAAUGCCAUGUUUGGACUCCAGUUUGCCGUCAGCGCUGGCAGGUGCACCAGAGGAGCUUUCAUGCAGCUGGUCAGAGUGUCAGACGAGAUGAAAACACAGAUGAACUUUGACUAUAUUCUGGUUGUUGAUACUGAGGGCCUUGGAGCUCUAGAACUGUCUGGAAGAUCAACAAGAGAUCAUGACAAUGAACUGGCCACAUUUGUUGUUGGUCUUGCAAAUCAAACCUUGAUCAGUAUAUUUGGAGAAAACCCAUCUGGGAUGCAGGACAUUCUUCAGAUUGUUGUUCAGGUCUUCAUGAGGAUGAAGAAGGUCAGACUGAAUCCCAGCUGUGUGUUUGUGCAUCAGAACAUUUCAGACAUCACAGCUAGAGAGAAAAACAUGGAGGGAAGGAGAAGGCUCCUGGAGACACUGAAUGAGAUGACAAAACUUGCUGCUAAAGAUGAAGGCUAUGAUGCUGAAUGUUUCAGUGACGUCAUUAGAUUUGAUGUUCAGAAUGAUGUGAAAUAUUUUGCUCAGCUCUGGGAGGGCAGCCCACCAAUGGCAACACCGAACCCAAACUACUGUGAGAACAUUCAAGAACUAAAGGAAACUAUUGAGACUUGUGCAUCAAAAUCACAUGGAAUGACGCUGACACACUUAAAAGAUCGUAUUAAAGAUCUUUGGGACGCUUUACUGAAGGAACAAUUCAUCAUCAACUUCAGAAAAUCUCUGGAGAUUUCAGCAUACAGGAAACUGGAGACCGAAUACAGCAAAUGGUCCUGGAGUCUUCGCAGUGCCAUGAUGGAAACCGAGAACAAACUGCACAACCAAAUAGAAAAUGAAACAAUUCAUGAAGUUAAGGAAACUAAUCUUCAGAGAGAAAUGAAGAAGACAAGUGAAAAAGUGAAAAAAUCAAUGUCUGAAUUUUUUGAGAAAGACACUAAUGCUGAUAUACUGAUUCAGUGGAAAACAUCAUUUGAAAUCAAAAUCAAAGAACUUCAGGAAAACAUUGUGAGAGAAACAGAAAGCAAAUUAAAUCAGAUUCUUCAGCAGGAAGACCUGAAGAAAAAGAUUGAUGCUCAGAGGACACACCAUGAAAACACUCUCAUUGAAAAGAGCAAAAAACUUGCCUUAGAAUUCAAAGACAAAACAAUUGAUGCAGAAAUAUUGAAGAAACAGUUUGAUUUGUUUUGGAAACAGUGUGUGAAGAAGAUCAUCACAGAGAGUCCUCCAAUCAAAGACAUUGACAUAAUGAGAGAUUUGAAACUCCUUCUCAAUGACAUCUAUAAAAGUGUUUCUGUGGACCAACGUAUGGAGAAAAGUGAGAGCAAGGAUGUUUUUUCUGUACCAAGUUAUUCAGAUUAUGUACAGCUAAAGAAAUCCAGUGGAUUUACAGGAUCAGGAACAAACAUCCACAGAUCAACUAAGAAGUUUGGUUACAGUCUAUCAAGAGAGGAUGAAGCCCAAAUAAGAUCAUUAGUCACAGACAUUGCUCAGCAUACAGACUCAAUGAUCAUGUCAUUUAACAUUUCAAAGAUGGGCUACAACAUCAGAUGCAUUCAACAAAUUACAGAUUACAUCAAGAAGAGAGUAACAGAACAUCAGGAAGGACCAGUGAAAUAUGUGUUCAAGAAUGAAUUCUUCAGGGAUUUGGUUCUUUCCAUCUGUAUGAGAGCAAACAAGAUGAUCACUGACCAACACAGAAUUUUCAGGGAUGCCAAUGAUCCUGCAAUAUAUGUUAAGAAGAAGAGAGAACAGUAUUAUAGUAUUUUUAAGAAAUACUGUCAUGAAGCAACAUCAGUUACCAUUUUUGGUGAGAUCAUCUGUCAGAAACUUAAAGAUUCCAUUGAGCAGAGUGUCUACAAGAAGACUGCCAGAGAUUUAGCAGAUGAAAUCAGAAUGAACUGUGAAUCACUGAAUGGAAACAGAUCAAAACUGGAGAAAUACAUCCUGAAGACACUGGCAGAAGAGAAUGAUUUUGACAAAUACAUGAACUACAUUCAUAAUCCUAAAGAUCACUUCAAGAGUUUCAUCAGAGAUGAAGUCAGUCGGUACAUCACUGAUAAGUUCAGUGUCAGUGUUUUACCCAAGAUGAAGGAGAACAUUAAACUCCUGCAGCAGAAGAUCAUGAAAACAGAAUCUACUGAAUGUGUUCAAGUGAACAAUGGAAAUGUUGGUUUGUGGUUGAAGAGUUUCACACAGCAGCUCUCAGAUGAGCUGAUCUUCUCUGAAAAAGACCUCAGUGGAGUGAAACAUGAUGAUGAUGGUGUUGAUGAUUUCAGCCUCCUACAAGAUGUGAUAAGAGAUAAACUUCCUGAUGUAAUGUCUGAGAUCAGCCUCAGAUUCAACACAAAGGCUUUCCCCAAGAAUCUGGACUAUAAGUUCAGACCAGAUGAGCUUCUGAUUGAUCACUUCUGCCAGUGCUGUUGGGUUCAAUGUCCGUUCUGUAAAGCUACCUGCACCAACACCAUAGAAAACCAUGAUGGAGAUCACAGUGUUCCUUUCCAUCGUGUUAUUGGACUAAACGGGAUGCAUUACAAGAAUACAAGAAACUUGUCUACUAGCAUCUGUACAUCAGCGGUAGCAAGCAAUCUAUCUUUUUAUCCCAAUGCCUCAGAUGAUAAUGUCCUCUGGCAAGAAUACAGGACAGCAGGAGGGGAUUAUGCAGACUGGAGCAUCACCUCUGACCUCUCUGAGCUGCCAUACUGGAAGUGGUUUGUGUGCAGAUUCAAGAAAGAUCUGGAAAAAUACUACAAUAAAACAUUUGAGGGGAGGGGUAAGAUACCAGAUGAAUGGAAAAAAUGUUCAAAACAGGAUGCUGUUGAAAGUUUGGAUCAAUAUAUCUGA